ACUCCUCGGUGUGUUCACUCAGUUUUCGACCAUGCGGUUUGUUAUUAACAUCUUCGUAAUCAUUAUUCUGGCGACAUCGUGCGUCACAACUCAAGAAAUCGGCGAACAAUGUAUUCUAAACGAUGGGUCAUCAGGCGUUUGCAAACUAAUUUUUGAAUGUGUUUCCGCUCAAAAUGAUUUGAAACUAAAAAUUAGACCGAAACACUGUGGAUGGAAUGGAAUGAAUCCGAUUGUGUGUUGCAAACAAACUCCUAUUUUAGGUAGCAGAUCGUCGAAAAGUGAAGAAAAAUGUAUUCGUGAAUAUUCUAAUUUGGAUAUUACAACAACUAUAACAACAACAACAACGACUACUACAACUACAUCUAAAUAUCCGGUGUAUUUUGCUGUUGGAGGGGUAAACGCGGCAAUUGCGGAGUUUCCCCAUAUGGCUUUAUUAGGAUAUGGAACAGAAACUAAAGAAUAUCAAUGUGGAGGAAGCUUGAUUAGUGACCAAUUUAUUUUAACAGCAGCUCAUUGUUUACAAUCAAGGGAUUUAGGCCCAGUUUCUGCAGUAGUUUUAGGUGAUUUAGAUACUGGAACGUCUUUUGACCAUGCAGAACCACAACAUUUUUCAGUAAUUGAAACAUUUCCACAUCCGGAUUAUGAUUACGCAACAUUUUAUAACGAUAUAGCCUUAAUAAAAUUGGAUCGACCUGCUAUUUUUACAUUAUAUGUAAAACCAGCUUGUAUUCAAACGAAACACGAUCUACAACACGAUAAUUUGUCGGCGACCGGUUGGGGUGCUCUCGAGUUUGGAGGUUCUAUGUACAAUUAUUUACAAAAAGUUAACUUAAAUAAUCUGCCGAUAAAAAAUUGUUUGAAAACUUAUGGCCCUCAAAGUAGAUUACCACAAGGUUUUAACGAAACAAUUCAAAUUUGUGGUGGCAAUCUUCAAGCAAGAAUGGAUACGUGUCAAGGCGAUUCAGGAGGUCCGCUACAACUUAAAAUUAAAGAUUUUCCACUUACAUAUAGAAUAGUGGGGAUUACUUCUUUUGGAAGUAAUUGUGGAUUAGUUCCUGGUGUUUAUACGAGAGUUUCACAGUAUGAUUCUUGGAUUGAAUCGGUUGUUUGGCCAUAAUAAUGAUUUUUUUUAUUAUUUUUAUAAAUAAAGAAUGAUUAAAUUGC